AUGGGCGCGGGCCAGUCCACCGAGUAUAGUGGAGCCACCCCAGAGGAGCUCAGUUACGUGCUAGCCGAACGCUUUGCAACAAAAUGCUUUACGCCCUUAGAGCUUACUCAUUUCAAAGACAACUUCUUCUCGAGAGCAGCAGAGCAAGGCGGUCUUCGGUACUGGAACGAAAAGACUCUAUCUGACUUUCUAGGUGUGCCAGAUGGCAGCUUUUCCACGUCACAAGAGACUCCCCUAGAUGCCGGACCAGUGCUGUUCCGCAUGGUGUCUUACCUCGGUGCAUUUCCGUUUCAAAAUACGCUGGCACCAAGUGUAUUAACAUUUGAGGCUAUGGUAAAGGUUGUAGUGCUUUUGACUGAGCGCUAUGGAAAAGUACUGAAGCGCGGCCGCAAGGACCUGGAGAAAGAAGAGAAGGGAGCGCCUGCUGAUGACCAGGCUGGCUCCUCUACUAUUCAAUCCCAUGCCCCUGGCUUCUCCGUUGAUGAGCCAGCAAAUGAUGACUACGAUGAGGAUGAGGACGACGAUCUUGCCCUGGCUGCACUGGAGUCCUUGGAUGCCAUUGAAGUCUUCAAACAGGACCAUCGUGUUGAUAAGACCGUAUACGAGACGCGAAUCUCCACCGAUACGUUUCGCAGGCUGCUGAUGCUUCUCCUUGUUCUAGCACCACUGAAGCCCCUGGAACCAGUCAAGAUGUACACGUCAAAUUUGGAUCCUCAGCAACUCACAGAGAUCCAGAAGGAAGCAGAUAGCAUUAUUCGAGCAUUUGAUCCCGAGGACAGCGAUGGAGGUAUUUCCUAUCGAGCCUUCGCUCGAACGGUCUCUUCCUCUUUGCCGUUUCUUUUUGACCCCUUGACUGCGCUUUUCGAACAUCUUUUGUUCAGCAAAAACCUGGAUCUCUCCCAGAGACGACAGAAGGGCGUCUUACCAGAAGAAGAAACAAGUGAAAAGCCGGAGGACAUUCCUGCACCGGCACCAGUUACGCUCCAAGGGAGUUUCGAGUCGACAGUCCUUAAUCCGGCCCUGAUCUCCCAUCUAUCAUUUUUCUUAGCGUCCAUUUCACCCACUGUGAACCUAUUCCGCAGCGGCGCCCGUCUCCAUCCUGUUUUUUCCACAGCUGCGCAUGGCUCUUCCCUUACAUCUUUCUCACACAACGUCCUGACCUGGCAAUCCGCCACUCUUUUAAUCUUACAAGGCACUCCGGAGGGCACCGAAGGCACCGAAGACAAUUUAGUCACACUGGGCGCCUAUUUGCCCCAGCCAUGGAAAUCGCCUUCUUCGACAAGCACAUCUUCGACGACAAACCAACACAUCGACCCUCUCCCCUGUCUCUUUCAGCUAUCUCCGCAACAUAAAGUCCUGCAGGGCAAUCCUUCCCCCUCAAUAAUCAAACAAUUAAACACCCCGGCAGCCUGGUUCUCCACUCAUGAGCUGCACAUUGCUCCAGUUGGACAUGAUGGCGUCUUUCUUCCCUCGGGGACAUCGUCACUGGCUGAUAAACCGACGAAAACCCGGCUUGAUCUGUAUAACCUGGAAGUUUGGGGUAUUAUCCCCGACCCGGAACAGGCAACCUCUUCUGGCAGUGGGCAGAGUGCAGUGGAAGCACAGCAUGCGAAGUGGGAAUUCGAGGCACGCGAGGCGGAAAGGCGUCGGAAUGUCAAUUUGAAAUCUGGCGCGGGGGAUAUCGAGGGGGCGAGAUGGCUGUUGGAGACGGCUGGGAUCAUAGGUGACCAUGGGCAACAUGGUGGUAGUGUCUGA